AUGUCAUGGUACACUUCCUGUCCAAAGAUGCUUCUUGGUGCCACCGCUGUUGCUGUUCCAUUGGGAGCCACAGUUUUCCGGAGGGAAAGCGAAAAAUCUGAAAAUUUGCUGAAAAUCAAAAAAGCCAAGGAGCUAGUGGAGACGACGAUGGCUAUUCAAGGUAUUCCAGGCCUUUCGAUUGCAGUUUCGCUGGAUGGAAAAAUGGUUUGGAAAAGUGGAUUUGGGUAUGCAAAUCUCGAAAGUUUUGCAAAAUGUACAGGAGAUUCUGUGAUGCGAAUUGCGAGCAUCAGUAAGCCGAUAACUGCCACGUUGGCAGCACAGUGCGUUGAAAAUGGAACAUUAGAUCUUGAUGAGGAUAUUCGGAAAUAUCUUCCUGAAUUCCCGGCGAAAAAGUUCAAAAACGAAGACGUCAAAAUCACAAUGAGACAGCUUCUGUCGCAUUCCGCUGGAAUUCGUCAUUAUGCAACUGAAAAGAAAAAAUCCGAAACACACGAAGAUCCAUCCAACAACAACACAGAAACCCCCGAAUUUCUCUCGAACAAGCCAUACAAUUCCUCGCUCGACGCCCUUGCCAUUUUCAAAAAUGACGACCUUGUGGAAAAACCUGGCUCCAAAUUCUCCUACACCACAUACGGAUUGACACUUGCCGGUGCUGUUCUUGAAAAAUGUUCAGGAAAAACAUAUAGACAGCUUGCAAAUCAAUUAUUUUCGGAUCUAGGAAUGAGAAAUACACAACUGGAUACAAAAGAGAAAAUUGUUCCGGGAAGGGCUAGCUACUACCAGCGAAAUUCGAAAAACAUUCUGGAAAACUGUCCGGAAGUUGACUGCUCCAACAAAUUCGCCGGCGGUGGAAUCAUCUCCAACACCACCGAUCUUCUGAUCAUCGCCAACGCCAUCCUUCACAGUAUUCUGUCGGAUUCCAAGAAUUGUCUGCUACAACGAGAAACUAUUCGAAAAUUCCUGGAAAAGCAAGUCCCAGUUGACUCGAAAACUUCGACAGGCCUCGGAUGGUUUCUAGUGGACGGAAAAGAUCUGAAAUCAAUUGAUGGAAAUAUCUCCAACUCUUCAUUCUUCUACCACACCGGAGCAGCUGUCGGAGCUUCUUCAGUGCUUCUUGUAAAUACAUCUUCCGGUGUUUGUGUGGCCAUCCUGUGUAACCUUCAAAAUACAACAGUUCUGAAGCUGGGACGAGACAUUGGAGAUCUGUUUCAUGGCGAAAUUUGAAUAUUUGAUAUUUACACAUUCCUUAUAUUUUGAGUACAUAAAUAUUAUUUUUUUUUAAAA